AUGGAUCACCGACCGCAACACUGGGGCCGUCCCAGAGACGACGUCUACGGCGCCUACGAUGCCUCCUACAUGCGGCCCAACGGCCCGACCACGCACACACAGUCCCCGGUCGUCACAGGCACGUCCGUCGUCGCUCUGAAGUUCAAGGACGGCGUCGUCAUUGCCGCCGAUAACCUGGCAUCCUACGGCUCCCUCGCGCGCUUCCCCGACGUCAAGCGCCUGCGCACCUUUGCCGGCACCUCGGUCGUCGGCUUCGGCGGCGACGUCUCGGACAUGCAGUACCUCGACCGCCACCUGCAGGAGCUGGCCAUCGACGAGAACUACACGUCCGAGAAGGGCCACACCCUCAACGCCCGCAACCUGCACAAGUACCUGGCCAACCUGCUCUACCACCGCCGCUCCAAGUUCGACCCCCUGUGGAACCACCUGCUGGUCGCCGGCCUCGACGAGGACGACAAGCCCUUCCUCGCCGCCGCCGACCUGCUCGGCACCACCUUCACCAGCCCCAGUCUGGCCACCGGCUACGGCGAGAUGCUCGCCCAGCCCAUCAUGCGCCGCUACGCCAAGGACGAGGAGGCCGCCGCCCAGCUGACCCGCGACCAGGCCGUCGACAUCGUCAAGGAGUGCAUGAAGGUCCUCUUCUACCGCGACGCACGCUCCCUCGACACCUACAGCAUCGCCGUCGUCACCAAGCAGGGCAUCGACCUGAAGGAGGACGUCAAGCUCGAGAACCAGAGCUGGGCCUUUGCAGAUAGGAUCAAGGGCUACGGCACGCAGACGGUCUAG